GACUCGUCCUGCUCAUCGUUUUGUACACUGCCCAAUAUGGGCCACCCUCGUUUACACUCGGUCUGAGUGUUGUUUCGUUGUAGUCAGGAGCUGGAGGACGAAAUUGAGCUCCCCGGGCCUGGUCGGGCACCUCUACUUCUAGAAUCAGAAUGGUUUACCAGCGGGCCCCGCCGCCGGCACUCGAAUGUGCUCCCCCGUGCCUGUGGUUUAGCAACUUGAAGACCGGAAAGUGCUCGGACCAGACGGUGUAUGUGCGAAAUCUGAGCAAGCAGCCGAUCGAAAUCGCUGACGUGCGUCUCGAGUGCCAGAACGGUUUCACCACGAUCGCGGGACACGAGAGGCUGCCCUCGGGCGACCCUAUCCUCGAUGUGCCGCCGGUACCCUUGUACCGAUUUCACGUCCAACCAAGCCAGGGGGUCAGGAUCGCGCCGAAAGAGGAAGUGGGGCUCCGGCUCACGGUGCGGACGGUGGAAAAGGUGCGUACUAGUUUAAAUGCACUUGUUGCUUCUAGCUACAUGGAAGAACGCAGCUCAACCGUGUGCGUCGUGUCAUUCACACUAAGUUCUUGUGGUGCCGCUGAUCCUAAUUCCUGAUUCCACCUCCGCGACGUACAUGCUUCAUUUAUGGUGAUUUGUGUCCGAAGAAGAUACUAAAACUGAAAUACGCAGGUCCCUCGCCGUUUUCAAGAACUGAUGGAGAUUCGUUUGCGCACCGGGGAGCUGUACUCCUACAGCGUCGUGAUCGACCCCGGCGUGCAAGGCAAUAAAGCAGCCGCGCACACCAGAACGGGAAAUAAAAUCGACGCAGGCACACAACAGAGCGGCGGUGCCACGUCGAGCACAGCGGGACGAACUGCGCCACACGGUGGAGGCCGUGGAGGCGGCUCCCUGUCGCCGUCACGGGGGGUUCAUUCCGCAGACGACCGUGCGUUGGAGUUGUUACGGGACUUGGAGGCCGGCAACCGGCUGAUGCGGGCGCAGCUGCAGAAGCGCAGGACUUCGGACGCAAACAAAGCGUAUUUGAAGUGCUUGCAGGAAGUCGAGAUGGAUCUCGACCAGGUUCGCGAAGACCAGCUUGAGGGUAGUACCAAGAAAGGCGCAGGUAUAAGUAGUGCAGCAGGUGUCCACCUCGCAACUUCUACAGUAGACAACGAGAAGAUGAAUCAAGACGAAGAUCAAGAUGACGGCGCCAACCCCAACGCGGCCAAGCCACCGAAAGUCGAUGGGCAUACGUGGGUUCGUAAAGUGGAGACGAGUCUGCAGCGGCAAGCUUACCGGUAUGGCCGAGUGGGUCCGCCGGUCGUGCGCGGAGAGCAGGCGGCGGUGGACAAAAAUCUGUCCGCCACGACGCAGCGCCGGCUGAUCCAGAAACUGCAAGACGAGAGUGUAGCGCUGCGAAAAGCGCUGGGACGCAAACCUGGAACGAGCGGGCGCAGAAGUGGUGGACCAAGGAGGCCGGGAUCCGCCAAGCGGUUUGCUAUGCCCAAGAACGCUUCUGCGAUAACUGCUAAUCCUCGCGGUUUAUCGUCUGGUGGAAACAAAAGACCGAAGACCGCGGCGGCACGGAACACCGCGAAAGAAGUGGACGACCGACUGGCUUUGCAUGCUGAGCUGCUGCAACUGGAAGCGGAAGUGAUGGAUUUACGAGCGGAUCUCCUCCAACGCAGUACCAGCACUGGUGAUUACAUGCCGGACUUGGAGUUUAUUCCGCCGCCUGAAGUAAUGGAGGAUGCUGAUGGCCGCGGCGCUUCGUAUGAGCCCCACGAGGAGGUGGAAGGUGAGACUGAAACGUCCUUCGACCAACGAAAUGAGCCAGGCGAUGAAGGCACCGACGAUGGUAGGACGCCGCCGGAAAGUGCGGCUAAGAAGAGCAAGAAACAUCAAUCCGCGACCGCGGUAGGUGGGACUUAUCCCGGCGCGCCGCGUGGUAAAGCGGCGGAGCGAAUACAGGCGCCGGUACGGCCACAGCCGAAACCAAAGCGUCGGCCGCAGAGUGCCGGGCCGAGGCGAAACAAGGCACCGACGAGCGACGAUCCGCUAAUUCGCGACGCGUUGCGGGACCAUUUCGUGCAGCAUCAGAGUGGCGGUCUCGAAAUCAAUACCUUCGGAGCAGGGGGCGAAGAAGCGACGUAUAGUAGUUCCCCUUCCGCCCUGCUAGCGAAGCAGUUACGCGACCGCGACGAGAAGAACCAAAGAACUCUAAAUAAUGAAGCCGAUGCUGCAGGUCGCCGACUUCUAAAUCAAAACUGCUACGAUGACGACGACGACGAUCCGGAUCAUAGUCAAGAAGAAACAGCAGUACAACAACGGCGCCAGCGGUCGCCCGGUCUCACAGAAGACGACCGUCGCGAGUUCGACGAAAUUUUCAAUAGGUCGCCGGAGCUCCGGCGGAAAAACUUGAUCUCCCAGCACAGUUCACCGGAGGAGCGGGUCCACGUGCUGCCGGGAGAAGUACAACCGGACCAGCGGAUUUCUGCAGCUGACGGGGCUGCUUCCAAGAAAAAUAAGAAGCGAAAGCCAGCAGUAACGACGAAGAAUAAAUCCGCGGACAGCUUCUCCCCGCGGACCACAGAUUUUGGCAAGCACCUGAGACCACCAGUGGAAACGUUUAUCUCUUCCCCCUCACAAGGGAGCGAGAGCAACGCGGCGUUUGACCCGCUAGAAGAGGUUUUUGUGCAUGGCCCCGAAAGACGAACCUCGACGUCGCCUUCAGUUUCACGACCUCAGGGGACAGCUGCUGCGGAUGAAAUAACGGGCCACGCUGAUGGAAUCACAAUAAACAGCGCGGCGACCAACUCCAGCACUUCUUCCAACACCCAUGCCCAUGCGGUACCAGUUCCUGCACGCGGGGCCAAGAUUUCCCACAAGCAAGCGGAAGAGCUCGGGCCGGACGUGGAUUACGUCAAGGGCGUUUCCUCCUCCAGCACCGGCAGGCAGAUCCUUUCCGCGCACGACGAAGACGCAGGGGCUAGCGUGACGCCGGUCGUAUUUUCGAGCAACUACCAGAAUUUUGUGCUGGACGAACAAGGGUCGAAUGAUGUUGAGACGUCUGCUGGACGAGUAAAUUCGGAUGCGAUUAUCGUGGCGGGGACCAUUGAAGAAGGUGGCGUGGAAGAUGAAAUUACGGAGCUGGAAAAAGAUUUACCAGGUGUGAGUGGCCUUUCGGAGAUGCACGAGGACAUGCUGCGGAAGCAUCGAAACGGUAGUUCCAAACUAGCAGGAGCAAGCGGCGUGUUCCGCUGGCAGGAGGGAGACCCGGAGGGCGUGUACGAGGAUCGAGAAGAAGAAGAAGGCAAUAACCACGCAGAAGUAGAAGAUCCAUUAGGCGAGGGUAAAGAAGGAACGGAAGUGGCCACCGUGACUGUGGUUGAAACUGAAAAGAAAGAACAAGACGCACAUUCACCUGCAGGUUCUGAAGCCGAGCGGAAUCUGGAAGGAUCUGAUGUAGUACGAGUAGCUGCACGAGAUGAGCUGCAGGCGGCGCACGAAGAGUCGGACGAAAACCGACCGAACGAGACUCUCGAAGCAAACUUCGGUAGCAGCGGCGCGCGACUGGUGCAUGAAACGGACGAAGAUGUUGACCAAAAUGAAGGAGAAGGUCUAGAUGAUCCUGUCGAGGUCGGCCAGAGUUCAACAGCCGCCGGUGAUGCGCCAGCAGUGUCGACAGCGGGUUUGUCCGCCGUCAGCCCACAGCCCGUGGCCACGCUCGAUUCCCUUCCGACCAUCCCGCCGGAAAACUUCGCUUCAAAUUCUUUGUACCAUGGUCUUACCCAAGACAAUGAACACGACAAACGAAGUAGGGAGAUGAAAGAGCAGGCAACACAGUUGGAGAAUGACGAUAUUGCUUCCCCGUUAUCUAGCCAGCUUGCCGCUGCCAGCCCUGCUGAUCAUGUGGAACUUCUAUUGGAUGCGACUUUGUCCAACGUACGCCGUGUUUCGGAGGACAUGGCUUUCUCACCCGACAUGCAAACGGUCAACGAGCAGCUUGAGCACAUACUGACGCGAGAAAUACAGCCACUCAAAGCGCGUGUAUGUUUUUUGUGUUUGGAGGAGAUGAUAUGAGACCUUGCAAGAAUCUUAGAAUAUCAGUAAGUACUCGUAUAUUGCAGAAAGAACACGGAAGUUGGAACAAUACCCGUUUAUCUAAUAUCAGAUCGAAGACCUCGACCGCAGUGCGCAGGAGAUGCUCCGGGAAAAGGUGCAAGAGAUUUUUUCGCUGUUGCAGUCCAUUCAGAUCCAAAUCGCGCGGGCAUCCGAGGCAAAAGUGGCUCUGCAGCUCAAUUUGGACAACAUCGAAAACAGCGCAGCCUUCUCGCAAGAGCAAGAGGUACAACAGUCAUUCUGUUUUUCAGUUUUUGUACUACACAUGUGGAAAACCAAAACGAAAAGUAGAAAAAUAGGAAAUGCCACGUGUUGGUAUUCCUGUUGACUGCUCCUUGUUCUGAAAAAAUCAGGAUGUCGCUGCUGAUAACGCCAUGGUGCUGCAGCCAGACGGGCACGACAACAUUUUACACCAGCCGGUCACUCUUGAUCCGGAUCAAGACCCCGAUGCGGUUUCCUCCCUCGCGGGUGCCGAUUCGUUGUCGAUCGUUUCAGAGGAGCCCUGUGAGGAACCGUCGUUGCGUGUAAGCGACCGCUGCAUUCGCCGGGUGGUUCUCCAGGCCCUGGAGUCGGCGGACGAGGGAAGCAAGAGCAGCGAAGUGGUAAAACCACCAGCGUUCUUUUUGCCCUCGAGCACAGAGGAAGAAGGAAGCUCUUCAGCCGCAUCCAGCUCUUCUUCUAUGGUGCUCGGCGCCGGCUUUCCGAAGCGCAAAAGCAGAAAACUAGCGUCAGAAAACCUCCGCAUCCUGCGCGAAGAAUACCACCCGGAUAGUUAUCCGAACACCCCCGUAGCCGGUUCGAAGACCACCAAACAAGCACUGGAACUCGAAAUCGCUGAUGUGAAAUGGAAAUCAGAAGCGUUCAAAGCAACUAUGCACAGUGAAGUCCGCGCGCUCGCACGAAAAGCACUGCAGCGCCGGCUCUGCUACGGCACGGUGGGAAGACUGGCCGACCGGUCUAUCGUUCUGUCGAGUGCGAUCGAAAGCAAGACCAACUCGCCACAAACCGAAAUAGGGGGAAGCGCAGCCGCAAAUCGGCAAGACCAGCAGCAAGCAGUAGAGAAAGAAGUGCCGCAAGAUGAAGCUGCAGCUGGAACAGCACAACUUCCAACUGAUCCGUCCUCAUCUCCACCUCCGAGAGUUGUAGACACUACGGCCUUCCUCGACGAAAAUGUAGAUGUUUCACUCGGUGAGCAGGCGAUUUUACAGCAGCUCCUCGAGAAGGUGCUGACGAAGUUUUCUCUCGCUUAUCUGGAGGAAAAGCAGGAACUGUAUUCCCCGAAACGAGUCGUACAAUUGAGAGAAGAGAAGCCAGGACAACAUCAAUCAGGAGCGGCAAGAAACAAAAGUUUUUUGAUCGACAACCUCGUUGCCGAGAUUCAGCUGAUGCUUUCCGACCUUUUCGAUCGGGUGCUUCUCUCCGAAGAGCGGCUCUAAUAACUGUAAAAGUGUCUGGGUCUGGAAGAAUCCAACUUGUCAUGCUUGUCUGGCAUGACUCUUAAAUCUGUCAUGCACGUUACCCAAGAGCUCCGCUUUUCUGUGAUGCAGAAGCGCAGUUUGUCAUGCAGAAUAGCAAUAGGCAACAGCUAGGAGCUCAGAAACUUGUCAUGCUGAGCCAGCAUCUGUAGCCUCAUCAUGAGACGCCACCCAGCAUCACAAGUUUCCAGACCCAGACAUUUUUAUUUUUGAUAGGCUCCUUCGUUCGCCCAAUCGGGAAAAGCCCACUGCCGACGAUUUCCGAAACGCGGUGAAGGGUAUCCUGAGUAAAAACGUACCCACACCAGAGUUGUAAUGCAAAUCUGCAUGCUGAAAAUGUUUCUCAUGCGGAGCUCCAUGAGAAGCAUUUUCUAGUCGUGUUUUGCAAUUUGUCAUGCUCCAAUCAGCAUGGUAUGCUAGAUCUGUGAUGCUGCUGAGCUAGCUCAAGCAGCACUAUACUACGAAUCCGAAUUUGUCAUGCAAAACAGCCAAAACUUGUGGAUUUGUCUAGCCGAUUCCCCAUCUUGACUCUGGUGUGGGUACGUUUUUACUCAGGAUAAAGGGUGGCGCGGACUCAUUUCUGUAUGGUGGCACUGGUGCGAAAAGCUUCAACCAGAAAAAAACCGCUGAAAUUAUGACCGCGACUGCUGGAGUAGAUCGGACGAGUAGCAAGGAAAAUAAAGAAACGAAAGACCACAGUCAGCAACAAGAACUUCUGGCGGAACGGGAUUUAGACGACGUGCUGUCGCGGGACGAGCUCGGUUUCAACCCGCUUUACGCUGUCACCAGCCUGUUGUACUCGGAGCCGUUGCUGGUCCACGACGGCCACCCGCGAAACGAGAUUCCGAACGUGUUCAAAACGCAGGCCCUGUCGGCGGACAUCUCAGUGUUAUCGGCCCGAAGUUCGAAGAGUCUCAUCACCGAUUUGUUCGUCGAGCAGCUCCUGCACAAAGAAGCCACCCAUUUGCAGGCGGCGCAUAACGCAUCGCAGAUGGAGGCAGGUGGAGCAGCUCCAGGUAACAAGAACAAUUCUUCCACCUCACAGAUGGAGAAGGAAAAUUCCCGACUGUCUGUGUCCCUGUCAGCCUCGUCGCGGUCUACUUCGAGGAAUAAAAUGCAGCAGGAGCCAAUAAAGCACGUUUACUUGCCACCAGUUGCGCCGUCAACAUUUUCCACGUCUCGGGGCUCCACGAUGCGCAGAAACAAGCCUUCCGCUCUGAAAAUAAUCCCGUCUCUUGCGGAGGAUGCUGAAAAUCUUGAAAAUACUGAUCAGUUGGAGAAGGAUUCGGAAGAAGGCAGCAGCUCCUUCUUCGUACCGGCAGGGUCGUCCGGCAUUACAGCGCUGGAAAAAGUAAGUGGCGUGACCCAAAUUCUUGUCCCCGCCGAGCAAAACUACGCGGACGAGCAGGCACCGCGACCUCCACCCCGUCCACCGUCGGUCGUCCGAUCGAGUCCGCCCACGUCACCUUCCUCGAUGUUCCGGCGCCAGUUGCUCGCAGACGAGGAAAGUCAUGCGUCAGAAGUCUUGUCGGGUUCGGAUCUGCAAGAGCAAAUCGACGACGAGUGGGCCGGUCUAGCUGAGGACGGUGAUGUCGAAGAGGAAGCCAGGACAUUCACCGUCGAGGAUGAGGUACAGAGCGAGCCGCAAAGAUUUGUUCAUAUCGAGGAUGAGUCUUCGACUGCUCGUCUCCUCGACGAACAGGAACUGAACGCGCAGGAAGGACAAGCAGCACAGGAAGAGAACAACGAAGAUUUUCUACUUGGUCAAAGUUCUUCCGCAGCCUCGUCGGCUGCAACGGAAGGCGAGCACAAUGAAGCUGCUCUAGGAGAUCAAGCUAGUAGUACGGGUCGACAUGAUCCGAGCAAAGCUGAGGGAAGGAGGUCCUUGGUGGCAGACAGUCGGAGUUCGUCUUCGGCUUCGCGGGGGCUGCACGAAGAUGAUAUUCUAGGCGCUUCUUCUGCGGGAGGUGAAUUUUCAUCAUCUUCCGCUUCGUCUGUCGCAGCGCGUGAUCCUGAUCGCGAUCGUGUAUCGGAGGAUGAUGUUCUGAGCAAGAGAAAUUCCUCCGCUGAGGUAAAGUCCUCAAGUUCAUCCUCCUCCUCGUCGAGCUCCUCGUCGUUUCGCGUCGCAUCCUCGAAGGAAUCCUCGGUCAGCGCACGACAAGACGAGGGCGCUGACGAAGAUGCUUCUGACCUUGCUGCUGCCGCAGUCGCGAGCGACGAAGUUCUUGCUGGCAGCGUUUCAGGGGGAGGAAAGGGUGCAGAAGAGGCCGCCGGACGAGGCGAUAACACAGCACCAAAGACAGCACAAACUCAAGCGGCGCGGCGAAAACCUCCGAACUCGUUGAGCAGCAGCAGCAGUGACAGUCUCUCCCUGUCUUCUAACGAAUUACUCUCUCAAGAGGCAGGAGAAGAUCUUGACGCGGCGCUUGCACAAUUUGAUCGCCUGCAGUCGAAAGACUAGAGGUCACCGCAUGGGAAUCCAUCGAUCGUGAAGAUCCGGCGCGUUUCAUCACCGAGAAGAAUUUGUUCGGGUGAAAAAAAAGAAAUUUAAGCACUGCUUUCUCCUGUUCUAAGCACAAGCAAUUGAGUCAAUACUGAAACACCACUUCUUGCAUUCUCAGAUGAAGGAAACACCAGAGAAAAGAAAAUCGGACUGUGCUUGAUGAGCUUUUCUUUUUCCGUAUGAAAAUGUACUCAAACUCUAACUCAACAACAUUACAGUUAGGGUUAUCGAUUUCGUGACUAUUGCGUUCUACUUUGCCGUUGCCCGUGUAUGCUCCCAAUUGUACAAAUAUCGAAUUCGAAUAAGUAGACAAUGACAAAAAUAACGAAUAAGUAGACAAUGACAAAAAUAAACUCAAAUCAAAAGAAAUACGUAGCGUCAGGUCGAUUGUAAACUCGUUCCGUCCGAAGUUCGACGCUUGUAAACACAUUACCACUACACAGAUGAACGUCUAUCAAGAUCCUUAUCCUUUGGACCCUGUUUUAGUUUUUU